AUGGCUACUGCGUCAUCGUCGUUAGUCAAACAAAUGCAAACAGAUGUCAUACAAGAAACGAAUAGAGCGAAUGGAGAUGAUGUGCAAAAAGAAAAAGAACUGAAAUUUCGUGCUAUGUUCGACUAUUCAUUAUCCACUCCACGGUAUUCGUCAUUGUCAAACUGGUCUUCAAGUGACCAGUUACAGAAACGGAAAAGACUUCUAAAACAUCCAUUUUAUAUCGGCUUUAGUCAUGCUACCAACAAUCAACUUGUGCUUUAUGGUCAAAUGACUUCUGCGAACGGUCAAUAUACAAAGCAGAUUAUCCGAUGA